UAUUGGGCGAUUAGCAUUACCACACCAUGUUUUGAGCAAAGAAAUAACGAAGAAUUCUAAUAAUGCCUCCAACAGUACAAACUGGACCACGAGAGGAUAGAGACAGAAAAAGGCCUGGUGGAGAGAGAAGAUCAGAGUUGGUAUGCAGAGUGAAAUACAACAAUACACUACCAGAUAUACCCUUUGAUCCAAAAUUUAUAACAUAUCCAUUUGAAACAAACAGAUUUGUGGAAUACAAACCCACUUCUUUGGAACGCAGCUACAAAUAUGACCUUUUAACAGAGCACGACCUUGGUGUCACAAUUGACCUUAUUAAUCCAGACACAUACAGAAUAGAACCUGGAGUAUAUCUGGAUCCAGAAGAUGAAAGAUUAUUGGAGGAAGAUCUCAACACACCAACAGAUUCAAAAAGAUCUCGACAUCACAAUACCAAUGUAUCAUGGUUACGUAAAACAGAAUAUAUAUCUACAGAGUACAACAGAUUCACACAGAAGUCGGAUAACUCUGAGAGAAAAGUGGGAUUUAAGAUAAAGCAGAUUAUGAAGGAUGAAGAGAUUUACAAAGACCGAGCUUGUCAGAUCCAGGCCAUUGACAAGACAUUUGAACAAGCCAAAGAGGAGAUAACAAAGCAUUACAGCAAGCCUGGUGUGACUGCUGUAGAAGUACUGCCAGUGUUCCCUGACUUUGAGCUAUGGAAACAUCCAUUUGCCCAGGUCAUAUUUGAUUCUGACCCAGCACCCAAAGGUCGUCCCCAACCAGCUCAGAUGGAAGAAAUGUCACAGGCUAUGAUCAGAGGUGCAGUAGAUGAAAAUAAUGAGCAGUUUGUAGCUUACUUCCUCCCAACAGAGGAAACUCUUGGCAAGAGAAAGAGAGACUCGGAGGAUGGUAUCGAUUAUAACGCAGAGGAGGAGUAUGACUACACUUUGGCCAGAGAAUAUAACUGGAAUGUGAAAAACAAACUGUCCAGAGGAUACGAGGAAACAUAUUUCUUUGUCUUCAGGGAGGAUGGAAUGUAUUACAAUGAACUAGAAACUAGGGUGCGGUUGAGCAAGAGAAGAAAAGUUGGAGGAGCCCAGAUGGCAAAAUCACGCUUAAUUGUCAAGCACAGAGAAUUAAAUGAGAGAGAAGUAGGAGCACAGAAUGCUAGACUGAUGAUGUUAGAGCCUCAACAAGAGGAGGAGGAAGAGGAAGAGGCACAGGAAGAGCAGCUAGCAGGAUCAGAUGAAGAAUUUCAUAGUGGCAGCGAAGCAGGAAGUGUCAAAUCAGGUGGCAGUCGUCGCAGCAGGUCAAGGUCACGCAGUGGCAGCCGCAGUCCAUCACGCAGUAGAAGCAGGAGUGGCAGCAGAAGUAGGAGUAGUAGCCGGUCCUCUCGCAGUCGCAGCAGGAGUUCCAGUCGCAGCAGAAGUCCAUCUCCAGCCAGGAGUGAUCACGGCAGUGACAGUGACAGAGGAAAGAAGGACGAGGAAGAAAUCUUUGGAUCUGCCAGCAGUUCUGAUGAGGAUUAAAGGGGGAGGGGGAUCAGAGAUAUUUGAAUUUAAAGCAAAUGGACAUGUUGUGCCAUUUCAACAGGUAGUUGACAUGAUGUUACAAAAAGUGUUUGCAAAAACAUUUAUUGGAAAAAUACUUUAUGAAAUGUUUUAACUAAGAAGUGUUCAUGAACACAUACAUGUAUCACAACCAUUGUUCAUCUCUGUAUCAUGUAUCGACAUGUAUUAAACUUGUGGUAAAUAAAUAAGAAGUUCUUA